CUACACAGUAAUGUCUGCGCCCAUCGUAUUUAACCGUGAUUACAUUUAUUGAAAGAGUACUAGUAUUAUCGUAUUUCUAGCAAUCGAAUAACAAACAUUCACCUUACAAUUCGAAUGUGAUAUUGAAGUAUCUAACCACAUAUUCUACGAUCUUUUAAUGAUUACCCUACUCAUCAUAUCGAAAUUAUUAUGUCAACAACAUUAAAACGUGUAAAAUGUAAUGCCAAGCAGCUCAACAUUAUCACAACAUUAUUCAAUUGUAAAGCCGUUUGUAAAUACAUAGCAACAAAAAUGGCCAACAGCAAGUACGAGUAUGUUCGUCAUUUUGAAAAACACGACAGUUGUUUGCCAAACUGCUGGAUUAUAGUGCGGGUUGAUGGGAAAGCAUUCCACAGAUUUGCAGAUGCUCAUGCUUUUACGAAGCCAAAUGAUGUUAAUGGAAUUAAGCUCAUGACACGAUGUGCUCACAAUGUCAUGACAGAAUUCACUGAGAUGGUGUUAGCUUAUGGACAGAGCGAUGAGUAUAGUUUUGUGUUUAAAAAAGAGACACAGGCCUACAAACGAAGAGAAAGUAAACUGAUGACAAAUGUAGCCAGUUUGUUUGCGUCAUCGUAUGUGUUCCACUGGCCUGAGUUCUUUCCAAAUGUGAAACUACUCUAUCCACCAUCAUUUGAUGGACGAGUUGUCAUAUAUCCUAGUGACCAGAACUUGAGAGACUAUCUCAGUUGGAGGCAGGCUGAUUGCCACAUAAAUAACCUCUACAACACUGCUUUCUGGGCCUUGGUGCAGGAAGGUGGUUUGUCAAACAAGGAAGCACAAACUAGGCUAUCUGGCACGUUUUCGUCAAACAAAAAUGAGAUACUCUUCUCAGAAUUUGGAAUAAACUAUAACCAGGAGCCAGAAAUAUUAAAAAAGGGCACUAUACUAUUAAGGAAAGAGAUUGCUGAAGAGGUUACUAUCACCGAUCAUAAAACGAAGGAGCCAAAGUCUGUGACAAAAGUGAGAAAAAAGAUUGAAGCUGUGAACUGUGAUUUAAUUGGCGACACAUUUUGGGUCGAACACCCAUAUUUACUCAAUACAGUUGGUACAUGUUGAUGUUUUAGACUAAACAGCAUAGAUUUACACUUAUGUAGUCAAGGAAUACAAAAUCCGAUCACCUCAAUUAACUCUAUUAUGUCAGUAAUAUAUGUUCACCAUGUCUUUUUGUUUUGGGUCUUAUGUAACUGUGUGUAAAAAAACUGAAGACUUUUAAUGGAGAAGAAA